AUGUCUAGUCAGCGUCUUGUCCUAGGCCUCCCACGUGUCUUGCCGUCGCUGCCGCCUUCGCCUGCGCCGCCGUGUCGUCCCUGCGUCGAGGGUAGGCUGCGCACCACCCCUCACUCCUCCUCCCUUCGUCCGGCCACCGAGUUUUUUGAGACGCUUCACUUGGACGUCUGGGGCCCAGCCCCUCGUCUAGGCCCUGAGCGUGAGCGUUACUUUCUGGUGGUCGUUGACGACUUCUCCCGCUAUGCCACAGUGUUCCCUCUGGCGAAGAAGUCUGAGGUGACUUCUACGCUGAUCAGGUGGUUGCUCACCACUGAGGACACUCGUGGUCGUCGUGUCAGCUGUCUCCACUCCGACCGUGGGGGUGAGUUUCGCUCCGGCAUUCUCGCUGGAUUCUGUCGCGAGCAGGGCAUUCGUCAGUCCUGGACGCUUCCAGAGUCCCCACAGCAGAAUGGGGUUGCUGAGCGCCGCAUAGGCCUGGUCAUGGAGAUCGCCCGCACCUCCCUGACUCACGCCUGUGCCCCCCAUUUUCUGUGGCCCUACGCGGUCAGGUACGCCGCGCACCAGCUGAACCUCUGGCCACGUGUCUCUCGACCAGAGGUUUCACCGACCAGUCUUUGGACAGGGUCCCCUGGUGUUGUGUCGCGGUUUCGUGUCUGGGGGUGCUUGGCUCUUGUCCGCGACACCUCCGCGGACAAGCUCUCGCCUCGUGCCGUCCCCUGUGUCUUCCUUGGUUUCCCUGAGGACUCCUCUGACUUCACCUUUUACCACCCUCCCUCUCACCGGUUCUUUGACUCCCGUGACGUCCGUUUCGAGGAGUCCACUCCGUACUACGUCAGGUGUGUCCCAGGCUACCCCUCCUCCUUCGGUAGCCCAUCCGGUACAGCCUCCCUCCCCACAGUCCUCCUCGCAGCGUGCCGCUGGUGCUAG